AAAUUCAGCGUAGACCAGAUUGACGCUCUCCCCACUAUUUAUUGUUCAUGCAGUGAGGAUUCACCCUCUUUAGAUAAUUAUUUUGUAAUUUAUCUGCAGCAACAACAACAAAAAAUAGCUCAAAAAGCAGUAGUACCAGUAUGCAAAUCAGGGAGCCGAAUGAACGGCUUUCUAAUCUAUGCAUCCAAAAGAUCCGUUCGCGAACGAACCAUCACUACAAACUGCUAGCUUCCCAGCGACAUGUUUGUUGUUGUUCGAGAUGCAGGAUUAGCUACAGUAUGUCCUAGGCGACUAGCUAAUUGUUUAGGUUUGACUAGUUCAACAAUCCCCAUAGUUAUAUGUUCCUAAUAUGUUAGUUACCAUUUGCGGACACGUACUGCACGAGAAGGACUUAAAACAGCCCACAAGGGGCCACACUGAAAACCAAGUAGCAGGCAGACCCACAUUAUCUGGCACCACCAUCAUAAUAAUAGGUUAGAUAAUUACAAGUGUGUGACUUACUGUCGAGUUGAAGACCAUCACUUAGGAGGACCACAUCACCAGGUAACUACAACAAAGAUGGGGAACAAUGCAAUCAAAGCCCAUCUGGAGAACUCACAGAAGACUGGGAUCUUUCAGCUGACAGGGAAAGGCCUUCCUGAGUUCCCCGAGGAGCUCCAGAGGUUGACUGGAAACCUACGGACUGUAGAUCUGUCCUCCAACAAGAUUGAAGUGCUACCUGCUGCCAUAGGAAACUUCCUUCAGAUGAAGAGUCUGACUUUAAACUUUAAUAAACUCACAAGUCUCCCAGAUGAAAUUGGAAAGUUGAAGAAACUAGAGACUCUUUUGCUGAACGGGAACCACCUGACGCAGCUCCCUAGCACUGUAGGACAGUUGAAAGCGUUGCGCACCCUCAGCCUGUCAGGGAACAAAUUCCGGGAGUUUCCUGCUGGCCUUGGCUCCCUACGACACCUGGACGUUCUGGACCUGUCCAAGAACCACAUCCAGGUGGUGCCUGCUGAGGUGGCGGCCUUGCAGGCCAUUGAGAUCAAUCUCAACCAGAACCAGAUUUCAGUGGUGUCUGCGGCGGUGUCCACCUGCCAGAGGCUGAAGGUGCUGAGACUGGAGGAGAACUGUCUGGAGCUCACCUCCAUCCCUGUGUCCAUCCUCACCACCUCCCAGGUGUCCCUGCUCUCCGUGGAGGGCAACCUGUUUGAGGUGAAGAAUAUGCGUGACCUGGAAGGGUAUGAGAAGUACAUGGAGCGCUUCACUGCAACCAAAAAGAAAUUUGCCUGAACAAUAGAAAGAGCAUCCCCCUGAGUCCAGCUUGUGAUCUACCCUCAAGCACCCUCUCUAAAUGGUUGUGGCGUACUACAGUAAAUAUGGCUUCUGCACUGCUGCGGCAACAGGUUACAACGGAGAAGGACCACUGUAGAGAAGGACUGAUCGAGAGCAUGCUACAGGACUGCGUAUGAAAACAACAGGACACCAUUGAUGGUUACAGAGAACUAUGUGAACGAUGGACAGUGCACUCACUUUAAUGAUAUUCAUAAAUUGCAUAUUGAAUACUUAGCUACUAAUUUCUGACCGAAAUGUUGUCUUAAGUUAUUUAACCGAAGCAGGUUAUUUGUAUAGUACAGUCGUGGCCAAAAGUUGAGAAUGACACACAUAUUUAUUUUCAAAGUCUGCUGCCUCAGUGUCUUUAGAUAUUUUUGUCAGAGGUUACUAUGGAAUAGUGAAGUAUAAUUAAAAGCAUUUCAUAAGUGUCGAAGGCUUUUAUUGACAAUUACAUGAAGUUGAUGCUAAGAGUCAAUAUUUGCAGUGUUGACCCUUCUUUUCCAAGACUUUUGCAAUCUUCCCUGGCAUGCUGUCAAUUAACUUCUGAGUCACAUCCUGACUGAUGGCAGCCCAUUCUUGCAUAAUCAAUGCUUGGAGUUUGUCAGAAUUUGUGGGUUUUUGUUUGUCCACCCGCCUCUUGAGGAUUGACCACAAGUUCUCAAUGGGAUUAAGGUCUGGGGAAUUUCCUGGCCAUGGACCCAAAAUAUUGAUGUUUGGUUCCCCGAGCCACUUAACACUUUUGCCUUAUGGCAAGGUGCUCCAUCAUGCUGGAAAAUGCAUUGUUCGUCACCAAACUGUUCCUGGAUGGUUGGGAGAAGUUAUUCUCGGAGGAUGUGUUGGUACCAUUCUUUAUUCAUGGAUGUGUUCUUAGGCAAAAUUGUGAGUGUGCCCACUCCCUUGGCUGAGAAGCAACCCCACACAUGAAUGGUUUCAGGAUGCUUUACUGUUGGCAUGACACAGGACUGAUGGUAGCGCUCACCUUGUCUUCUCAGGACAAGCUUUUUUCCAGAUGCCCCAAACAAUCGUAAAGGGGAUUCAUCAGAGAAAAUGACUUUACCCCGGUCCUCAGCAGUCCAAUUCCUGUACCUUUUGCAGAGUAUCAGUCUGUCCCUGAUGUUUUUCAUGGAGAGAAGUGGCUUCUUUGCUGCCCUUCUUGACACCAGGCCAUCCUCCAAAAUAUUUACCUCACCAUGCAUGCAGAUGCACUCACACCUGCCUGCUGCCAUUCCUGAGCAAGCUCUGUACUGGUGGUGCCCUGAUUCCGCAGCUGAAUCAACUUUAGGAGACGGUCCUGGCGCUUGCUGGACUUUCUUGGGCGCCCUGAAGCCUUCUUCACAACAAUUGAACCGCUCUCCUUGAAGUUCUUGAUGAUCCGAUAAAUGGUUGAUUUAGGUGCCAUCUUUUACUGGCAGCAAUAUCCUAGCCUGUGAAGCUCUUUCUGUGCAAAGCAAUGAUGAUGGCACGUGUUUCCUUGCAGGUAACAGUGGUUGACAGAGGAAGAACAAUGAUUCCAAGCACCACCCUCCUUUUGAAGCUUCCAGUCUGUUAUUCGAACUCAAUCAGCAUGACAGAGUGAUCUCCAGCCUUGUCCUCGUUAACACUAACACCUGUGUUAAUGAGAGAAUCACUGACAUGAUGUCAGCUGUUUUUUUGUGGCAGGGCUGAAAUGCAGUGGAAAUGUUUUUGGGGGAUUCAGUUCAUUUGCAUGGCAAAGAGGGACUUUGCAAUUAAUUGCAAUUCAUCUGAUCACUCUUCAUAACAUUCUGGAGUAUAUGCAAAUUGCCAUUUUACAAACUGAGGCAGCAGACUUUGUGAAAAUUAAUAUUUGUCAUUCUCAAAACUUUUGGCCAGGACUGUACAUUGUGCUAAAAUGGUCUCUACUGGCGCAGCGGUCUAAGGCACUGCUUCUCAGUACUAGAGGUGUCCCUACAGACCCUGGUUCGAACACGGGCUGUAUCACAACCGGCCAUGAUCGGGAGUACAAUAGGGCGGCACACAAUUGGUCCAGCGUCGUCUGGGUUAGGGGGAGGGUUUGGCUGGGGUAGAUUGCAGUGUAGAUUGCCUAAGUGUUACUUUUUUUGCCUGUAAGAGAUGGUACCCGUGCUGGUGGGCAGCCAGUGAAUGAAAGCUGUAGUACAGAGUUCCAGAAUGUCAAAGCAAUGCACUACAUAGACCCAGAAUGAGAGAACUCCUUUAUGCUCAGAGGCUUGCUUAUUCUUUGGAUCUGGAAUGGGAAGUCCAAUUUUUCUGGUGCUAGGGUCCUGGUCAUUUAUUUUCAGUUGGAAGAAGGUUCCGCAUUUGCAAGCCGCACAUAAUACGCGGGACCAGAGCUUAUUUUUUUUUAUGCUGGGAAAGAAUGAAGAAAAGCACAGCGUUAAUGUAAACCAAUCCAUUCGACUCUUAGCACGCAUACUCUUUAUAUUAAUAAAUUAUUGGUAGUCUUAUUA